CCCACUGAAGCUGUCUUACCAUCUCUUUUUAAUUCCAGCAUUGCAUCCAUCAAUCUGACCAGCUGCAAGUAUGACAGUGUACGGCGUGCUGCACGAAGCUGUGGGCUGAAAGAAGUGGGAGAAAAUGAGGACUGGACAAUAUAUUGGACUGAUUAUUCAGUCUCUCUGGAGCGUGUCAUGGAAAUGAAACGGUUUCAGAAAAUCAACCAUUUUCCAGGCAUGACAGAGAUCUGCCGUAAGGACUUGUUGGCUCGCAAUCUUAACCGCAUGCUCAAACUCUUCCCCAAGGAGUACAAUAUUUUUCCCCGUACUUGGUGCCUGCCAGCAGACUAUGGGGAUUUCCAGGCCUAUAGUCGUGUGAGGAAAAACAGAACAUUCAUCUGCAAGCCAGACAGCGGCUGCCAAGGGAGAGGUAUCUUCAUAACACGUAACCCGAAGGAUAUCAAGCAUGGAGAGCAUAUGAUUUGUCAGCAGUAUAUCUCUAAGCCUUUCCUUAUUGAUGGCUUUAAAUUUGACAUGCGUAUCUAUGUGCUGGUCACAUCCUGUGACCCGCUGAAGAUUUUUGUCUACAAGGAGGGUCUGGCCCGGUUUGCUACCAUGAGGUACAUCGAGCCCAGCAGCAGCAACCUGGAUGAUAUCUGCAUGCAUUUGACCAAUUACGCUAUCAAUAAACAUAACGAAAACUUCGUCCGGGAUGACACAGUGGGCAGUAAGAGGAAACUGUCCACCCUGAAUGCCUGGAUGAUGGAUAAAAGCUACAAUACAAAGAAACUCUGGGAAGACAUUGAAGAUAUUGUUAUAAAGACCCUUAUUUCAGCUCACCCUGUUGUGAAGCACAAUUACCAAAGCUGCUUUCCUAACCACACUACUGGCUGUGCCUGCUUUGAAAUACUAGGUUUUGAUAUUUUGCUAGAUAGAAAGUUGAAACCGUGGCUGCUAGAGGUAAAUCACUCUCCCAGCUUUACCACAGACUCGCGCCUGGAUCGUGAAGUGAAGGAUGCUCUUCUGUGUGAUACCAUCAACCUGAUAAAUGUGCAUGCCUGUGACAAAAGGAAGGUGCUGGAGGAAGACAAGCAGCGGGUGAAGGAACGACUCCUUCAGGCCCAUCAGACUGUCCGUGUAUCCAGACGCGAGGAGUUAGAGAGCAACCAGGCUGCCUGGCUGGCUCAGGCAGAGAAGUAUGAAAACUCCCACCUGGGAGGUUACCGGCGCAUUUACCCAGCACAUGGAACAGACAAGUAUGAGCCAUUUUUCAAGCAUAGUGGCUCCCUCUUCCAGGAAACAGCAGCAUCUAAAGCACGAGAGCAGUGUGCCAGGCAGCAGCUGGAGGAAAUUCGCUUGAAGAAAGAAGAGUGGGAAGUUGUUACUGGGAAGAAGAAAAAGGAGAGAAAAGAAACCCUGCAAGGAGAAUCAGCUGGGGACAAAUCCCAGAUGCAUAACAAAACCAGAGCUCCUACAACACAACUCAUCUACAGAAGCACCAGAAUGUGGGACAGAAAGAUGCAACAAAUGCAGUAUGACUCUAUGCAACCCCAGGAUAUUGUGGAAAAGGAGGAGCAGAAAAGAGUGAAGGCUCUUCUACAGCGUGAGAACCUCAUUCGAAGUCUAGGCAUUGUAGAUCAGCUUUCCUGGCUGAUCCCCACAAUUCAUAGAUCGACAAACAACCACAGCUCCUGCACUGUUAUCUCCAAGAACCAGCCACAAUUUGUUCAGCAUACGUUCAGGGGACAGGAGGCCUGCAGUUUAAUGACGCUCCUCCCCCUCUCAUUCCUGAGAGGUACAGUCCAGGCUCCAGGACAACACAUCAUACGCAAAUCUACAAGCAAGGCCCAGCUGCCAGCCAGCCAGAGCUUUGAUCCUACCUCCUUGGGCUCCCUCUCAGUCCAGGGCCAGAGCGUUCCUUACCACGAACACUACAAAAUGCAGCAUUGCCUGCAGCCGCAGAACAUGAGCUGGCUGCGGAGCCAGGCAGCACAGACUGCGGGGGUUACCAAUCCCUGCAGCAAAACCAAGUUACUGCAGGUGAGGGGCCAGCAGUUCUCUGGUGCCACAGAGACUGAAGGCUGAGUAUAUAAUCUGAAAGCCUGCCAUCUUUUUAAAUGUGCUCCUCUGUCUAGGUGUCCCUCUGGACCAUUUGAAGGAACUUAAAUUAGCUGGUUCGUAGGCUGCUUAGCUCUUCUGCUCCCAUUGGUGUGUUUGUUAAAAUGUGUAUCCUUCUGUUUGAUUUUAACAGACCAGCAAAGAUCUAUGUUA